AUGAAAUACAUCUACAAUUACCUAUCAUACUUAUCCUUUCUCCACCCUGAACAUCACAUUUGCAUAUCACCACACUCUUCAUAUCUGCUUUCUUUUCAUCUCUCUUUCUUUCUCUUCCUCUAUAUUUUCAUCUCUCUUUCCCUCUUUGACUCUCUACAUUUCUCUUUCUUUCUCUUCCUCUAUCUCUCCAUCUUUCUUUCUUUGUGUUCCUCUAUCUCUUCAUCACUCUUUCUUUCCCUUCCUUCCUCUUCAUCUCUCUCCUCCUCUUCUUCUUCUUCUCUCUCUCCAUCUUUCUUUUCUCUUCUUCUCUCCCCUUUUUUAGAUGAUUCUGCUUCCAAUCUAUCUAUCUAUCUAUCUAUCUAUCUAUCUAUCUAUCUAUUUUGGUCUCUUUAUUAUCUAUCUAUUUUGGACUCUUUAUUAUCUGUCUUAGUCUCUUCAUUAUAUAUUUAUCUACUUUGGUCUCUUCAUUAUCUAUCUAUCUAUCUUGAUCUCUUCAUUAUCUAUUUUGGUCUCUUCAUUAUCUAUCUAUCUAUCUAUCUAUCUAUCUAUCUAUCUAUCUAUCUAUUUUGGACUCUUUAUUAUCUAUCUAUCUAUCUUAGUCUCUUCAUUAUAUAUUUAUCUACUUUGGUCUCUUCAUUAUCUAUCUAUUUUUGUCUCUUCAUUAUCUAUCUAUUUAUUUACUUUGGUCUCUUCAUUAUCUAUCUAUCUAUCUAUCUAUCUAUCUAUCUAUCUAUCUAUCUAUCUAUCUCAGUCUCUUCACUAUCUAUCUAUCUAUCUAUCUAUCUAUCAGUGAAUCGUGAUCUAUUUAUUAUCUGUAGCUGGGUGUGGUUCGCAAAUAUAUUUACUUACCUUCUGUUCUUCCCAUCUCUUUACCUGUAG